AUGUCAGAAGAAACAGAUGAAAAUGGCCAGCCCUCAUGGCAUCACCAUUUCCAUCCACCUCCAUCCAAUAUGGCCAACGAUCGUGCACCUCGCUUGCCACCCAUACAUACCCGUAAUUCAUAUGACUUUCGCCGACCGGCACCGUUGGCUCAGGAAGACGAGGUGAUCGACCUGACCGCUGAGCCUGAGACAUCUCCUCCACGGACUCCGAACAGGCACCCAGAUCACCGGGGUUCUGGCAACGGGAGACAGCCUCGCUUUGAAAGAGACAUCAUGGCGGAUAUUGUGGAUCUUGAAGAAGGGUCUGAUAUCUCAGCAGAGGCCUCAUCCAGCAGCAGCCCAGAGGUGCAAUUUGUUGGGGCCACAGUUCGCCAGCAACCGCCAAAUAUCAGUGCCCUCCCUUCCUAUUCUUUAUUUAAUCCGUCUCUGUUGUACGGAGCACCCAAUCCAUUCGCUGAAUCAAGGUUACCAUCAUUUUUGGGGUACCGCCAUGCUCGCCACGCCCGACACGCCAGAAACGCCAGAAACGCCGGUGUGCCUCUUGGAUAUAUGGAUGUGGAUAGAUUCUGGGUCGGCGAUUCCCAACCAGAGCCCCUCCUCGACUUGAAUGUUUCCCUGGACUAUGAUACACCGUCUUUUCCUCUAAAUACCCCGAAUCCUCAGACCAAUCUUUCCCGUCGCGAUAUAUACAAGGCCCCAAGCCCUGCGCCGCAAGGCUUCACCCGGACGAUCGGGGAAGACGACAUGGCAAUUUGCCCCAACUGCUACGAGGAACUGGGCGUUGGUGAGGGCAAGAAGCAGCAGAUUUGGGUUGCGAAACCUUGUGGACAUGUCUAUUGUGGCGAAUGCGCAGAGAAUCGGUCUGUCUCCAAGGCUAAGAAGGCUACCCAGAAGACCAAGCCUUUCUCCAAGUGCCAAGUCGUGGACUGCGGCAAGUCCGUGAGCCCACCCACGGCCAUGUUCCACCUUUACCUAUGA